CCAUUAAUCUCCCUCUCUCUCUCUCUCUCUCUCUCUGUAAUUGGAGAGCUUCGUUCUUCUUUGUUGGUUUUCUCUGACGUUGAUCUUCGGCUUGAGGAUUCUCUCUGACUUUCAGCUUGGGUGAAAAUUUGGAGUUGGCAGAGGAAGGGCGAAGGGAAAGUGAAAGAAAAUUGUGGCAGAUUUUGAGUUUCUGAAAUCAAGAUGGAGACUACCUUUUCCUGAUGUGUGCUUGCUAAAGGAAUUUCAAUUCAGAAGAAGAGAUGACAAAGCGUCGCUUGAGGGAUUCUAUAAAGUCCUUAUUUGGGAGUCACAUUGAUUCAGAGAACAAUGAACAGCUGAAAGGAGCUAAAAUAGAAAUUGAUGACAAAGUGGAAGAGAUCUUGAAGCUUAUCAAGGAUGAAGAUCAGGAAGAAAGAGAAAAUUCCAAAAAAGAACCACUUACUAAACUAAUUAAGGAUUUCCACAAACAGUACCAAUCACUUUAUGCACGAUAUGAUCAUCUAACGGGAGAGCUGAGGAAAAAAGCUCAUGGCAAACAUGGAAAUGACAGUUCUUCAUCUAGCUCAGACUCGGAUUCAGAGCAUUUGUCGAAGGAAAGAGACAGUAAAAAUGGACAAUUGGAAAGUGAAUUUCAGAAAAUCAGUGAUGGCAUUAAGCAAGAACUCGAAACAGCACAUCUAGAAGUUGUGGACCUGAAGAGGAAAUUGACAGCUACCAGUGAAGAGAAGGAAGCUUUAAAUUUGGAAUAUGUUGCAGCUUUGAGCAAGAUACAAGAAGCAGACAAAGCCAUCGCAGAUAUGAAGACUGAAGGUGAAAGGUUAAACAUUGAAAAAUUGAAACUUACGGCCGAGAAUAGUGAACUGAGUAAGAAACUGGAGACUGCUGGUAACAUAGAAGCAGAACUGACUGGAGAGAAAGAUAAUUUGAUCACAGAGAAAGAAACUGCUAUCAGAAGGAUUGAAGAGGGAGAAAAAAUUACAGAAGGCUUGAGGACUCUUGUUGAUCAGCUGAAAGAUGAAAAAGUAAACCUAGAGAAAGAACUAGAAGCGGUUAGAGGUGAAGUUUCCAAUAUGAAGCAGCAGCUGGAAUCUGCAGAGCAGCAAGUGUCAGAUUUAAGCCAAAAUCUGAAAGAUUCCAAGGAUGAGAAUAAAUCUUUAAGCUUUCAAAUUUCAGAAGUCUCAAAUGAUAUUCAGCGGGCACAUAACACAAUACAGGAACUCAUGGCUGAUUCGAGUCAGUUCAAGGAGAAAUUGGUUGAGAGGGAAAGAGAACUUUCAAAUCUCAAGGAUACACUUGAGGUGCAUGACAAUGAAUCAUCUGCUCAAAUAAAUGGAUUACGGGCACAAGUAGGAGAGCUGGAACUGGAGUUGGAGUUGUUGCGAACGCAGAAAAUAGAUAUGGAAAGGCAGAUUGAUAUUAGAGAAAAAGAAUUUUGUUCUAUACAGCAGCAACUCCAAUUUGCUGAAGAGAAACUUUUGGAUUUAAGCCACACUCUGAAAGCCACCGAGGAAGAGAAUAAAUCUCUAACCUUGAAAGUCUCGGAGAUUUCAAAUGAGGUUCAGCAGGCACAUAGCGUGAUACAGGAACUUAAGGCUGAAUCAAGCCAGUUAAAGGAGAAUAUAAUUGAGAGGGAAAGGGAAUUUUCAACUCUUGCUGACAGGCAUGGGGUGAAUGAGAACGAACUAUCGGCUCAAAUUAAGGAAUUAGCCCUACAAGUUGCAGGCCUGGAAGUGGAGCUGGACUCGGUGCAAAAUCAGAAAAGAGAUGCGGAUGUGCAGAUAGAGAACAAAGCAACUGAAGCAAAACAACUGAGAGAGGAGAAUAUAGAAAUGCAAGCUCAAAUUUCAGAACUUCAAAAUAUUUUGAAGGAGAGGGAACAAGCAAAUUCUGUUCUCAUGAAGAAACUUAAUGAUAAAGAGAGUGAAUCAUUGUCUAGAGUCGCAGACUUCACAGCACAGAUCAACAAUCUGCUAGAGGACUUGGGUUCUUUAUGCACUCAAAAAGGUGAAAUGGAAGAACAGAUUGUGCGUAAAAGUGAUGAAUUAUCGGCUCUUGCUGAGAGGCAUGGGGUGGAUGAUAAUGGAUUAUCAGCUCAAAUGAAGGAAUUGGAGGGACAGGUUGCACACAUGGAAGUACUUAUCAAAAAUUUUAAAGGCCUGGAAGUGGAGCUGGACUUGUUGCGUAAUCUGAAAAGAGACAUGGGUGUGCAGAUAGAGCGUAAAGAAACUGAAGCAAAACAACUGAGAGAGGAGAAUAUAGAAUUGCAAGCUAGAAUUUCAGAACUUCAAAAUAUUUUAAAGGAGGGAGAACAAGCAAAUUCUGUUCUCAUGAAGAAACUCGAUGAUAAUGAGAGUGAGUCAUUGUCUAGAGUCGCAGACUUCACAGCACAGAUCAACAAUCUGCUAGCAGACUUGGAUUCUGUCCACAACCAGAAAAGUGAACUUGAAGAGCGGAUUGGCGAUAAAGUUCUCGAGAAUGGUCAGUUAACAGAGGAGAAGGCGGGGCUGCAGGAUAAAGUUGUUGAACUGGAGAAAACAUUAACAGAUAGAGGGUUUGAGUUCUCUGCCAUCCAUGAGAAACUUAAAAGUGGAGAGAGUGAAGCUUCUGCCCAAAUAAUGGCCUUAGAGGCAAAGAUUAACAGUCUAGAACAAGAGUUGGAUUCCUUGCAGACCCAGAAAAAUGAGCUGGAGUUGCAGUUUGAGAGAGAGAAACAGGAACUUUCAGAAAGGCUGACACAAAUGGAGAAUCAAAAAGUUGAGUUGACAAGCAAGAUUACUGAAUAUGAGAGCAUUCUGAAAGAGCAGGAAGAUGCAAACAUGCAGCUAAAUGAGGAAUAUAAACAGCUCGAAGGUCAGCUGCAGGAAUGCAAGUUAAGUCUCGAGGUUGCAGAGAAGAAGAUUGAAGAAACAGCAGAGGAAUUCCGUAACAACAUUGAAUCCAAAGAUCAGGUGGUAGCUGAAUUGAAAGAACUGGCUGAAGACCUAAGAAGAGAUCUAGAAGCAAAAGGAGAUGAACACAGCAUGCUGGUCGAGAAUGUCAGCACAAUUGAAGUUCAGCUCCGCCUGUCAAACCAGAAGCUCCGGGUCACUGAUCAAUUACUAACCGAGAAGGAAGAAAAAUUCAGGAGUAGAGAGUUGAGAUUCCAGCAAGAACGCAGAGCCCUUGAAGACAGAAUCGCUACAUUGUCCGGGAUAAUUGCUAGUAACAAUGAAGCUCAUCAAAGGAUGAUAAGAGAUAUCUCGGAGAGCGUGAACAGAACAUUGACAGGACUGGCAGAAGUGAUCCAGAAAUUUGAACAAGACUGUAGAAAUUACGAGAACUGCAUGUUGGGUGUGUCGGCUGAGCUUCACGCCGCGAAGAACUGGGUCGCAGAGACGAACAAGGAGAAAAAAGAGCUAAGUAAGGAGGUAAAUCAUCUGGCGGAGAAGCUGCAAGACAAGAAAGAGAAGGAAUUAGCAUUAAGAGAGUGGGUUGAGAAGGUGGAGGCGAAGGCAAGGAAGGAAGAAGCAGAGAAGGUUAUUCUGAGUAGAGCGGUAGAGCAACUUGAGAAGACAGUGGGAGAGUUGGAAAAGAUGAUGAAAGAAAAGGAGGAUUUUAUAUUGGGUCUUGGGGAGGAGAAGAGGGAAGUCAUAAGGCAGCUGUGUUUGUGGAUUGAUUAUCACCGCAGCCGCUACGAUUAUCUCAUCGAAAUGGUCUCAAAGGGGAGUGUUAGAGGAGGCAGACAGAGGGCAAGCUAAGUAAGUGCCUAAUCAUUCUUCUAUAUUGCUGUGUAUGUCCAUUUUGGUUUCUCACGAUUCAUCGUGAUCGCUUUUAUUGAUUCUUUUUCAUUUUCUUGUCAUCCUUUUUUUUAUUUUUUUCUUUUUCUUUUUUGGUUGGCCGGAGGGGGAGGCCACUAUGUUGAUAUGCACAUUUUAGGUGAUGCUUGAAUAUCAUUGAUCAGCACAUUAUACAAAAUUUGGGUGCCAGCUUAUCUUUCCUUGCUCGUUACUCCAUGCCAUUGCUAGCGUC